AUCUCGUGCUACUGCGCAGAUCCGUGCCACUAUUCGGAAGAUUUCAGAGGUCAGAUGGCUUUGGACUGGAUUGAGACGUUCUACGGUCUGGAUAAUAUACCGUCACGAGUCACCGAUACCAGUCAUCAACUGCUCAGAUUCGUCGUAUCCUACAAUGCCAAAUAUCUGGAUGAAAAAAUUCGCGAGGCCGUCAAAAACUGUGUUUGA